CGGGCCCCGCCUGGUCAGCUGGGCGGCCGGCCGGGAAAGCGGCGAGCGAGCGAGCGAGUGGCCGGGACCGGCCUGGCCUCCAACGCUCCGUCCGGCAAGGGCGGCGGCGGCGGCGAGCGGAGGUGCCUUUGGACGGUUGCAGCUGGAGGCCUUGGGCUAUAGCUGGGUCCCCCCCUUCCCCUCCCGCCCCCCCCCCCUUCCCCCCUCCCCCUCUUAAGGGUCUCCCUUCUGCACUCACUAAUGACUGCGUGGAUCAUCCUCCCCAUCAGCCUCUCUACCUUCUCAAUCACUGGAAUAUGGAUUGUCUAUGCCAUGGCAGUCAUGAAUCACCACGUGUGCCCUGUUGAGAACUGGUCGUACAACGAGUCUUGUUCUGCUGAUUCUACCAAGCACGGCUACCCCAAAAGCUGCUGCACCUUGGAAGAUGUCCCUUUGAUCAGUAAAUGUGGCACUUACCCUCCUGAAAGUUGUCUCUUCAGCCUUAUUGGGAACAUUGGAGCUUUCUUGGUGGCCAUCAUCUGCUUCCUGCGCUACGGGCAACUCCUGGAGCAAAGACGGGCCUCCAGGGUGAACACAGCAGCCCUUGUCACCGGUUGCACCAACGCGGCUGGCCUGGUGGUGGUUGGAAAUUUUCAGGUGGAUUAUGCCAAAUCUCUUCACUACAUCGGAGCUGGCGUUGCCUUCCCAGCCGGCCUGCUUUUCAUCUGCCUCCAGUGCUUCCUCUCCUAUCACAUGGCGGUUUCUGCCCUGGACUUCUGGAUGGCCUAUCUACGCGUUUUCCUCUCCACCAUGGCCUUCAUCUCUCUUGUCUUCAGUGGCAUCUUCUUUAUCCACGAGAGCUUCCUCCUGCAGCACCUGGCUGCCAUCUGCGAGUGGGUCUUUGUCAUCGACAUUCUCGUUUUCUAUGGAACCUUCAGCUAUGAGUUUGGUGCCAUCUCCAAUGAGACCCUGGUGGCCGCCCUGCAGCACUCCAGCGGCCGAGGCUGCAAGUCCCCGGGCAGCAGCAGCACCUCCACCCACCUGAACUGCCACCCGGAGAGCAUUGCCAUGAUAUAACCAGGGGGGCUGGGGUGGGGAGAGGGCAGGUUCACCCCACCAUCUCCGCUGCUCUGGCAAGCUGUCUUUUCUUCUGGCAAUUUUUAUACCAGGAUUGUUUUUUUAAAGAAUAUAUUGCUGCCUAGCCCUUCUAAGAAGUUGUUCGUUUUCCAAAUAUUCAGAGAAGUUCCAAGGAUCUCUUUGCCCAGCCUUUGCGUAAGGACACCUUGAAGCGCUUUCUCUGCUGGAUCUCUUGCCGCCCUUCAGGGAGUGCCUAAAAGCCAAAAGUGUGCUCUUGUGCUUGUGUACUGGGGUACCCAAGAACCCAGGUUGCUCUGGCAAAAAUUGUGCCUCACUGCCACCCCGUCUUCUUUCGAGGCAAGAGUUGCUUAAGCUGCAGAAGCAAGUUUAUUUGGGGAUGCCCCGUGCUGGUGGAAAUACACCCCUCCUCUUGUUAAGAAAAUAAAAGUAUGAGAAAGAGAGCACCUCCGCCAUUUUCACCCCCACCCCCAACAUCAUACGGAGUUCAUUUCUUCAGCCCUGGGUAAAGGGGCUUGAUAUUUUGUAGAACUUUUUUGUAUCUUUGCCUAUAUAAAAAGAGCUAUCGGAGGAAGA